AUGAAGCGAGUUACCCAGAGGCGCCUGGAGCAUUUGCUAGGGUGCCCGGGCUCCGCUCCUGCGCACUGCAGCGAGCGCAUCACCCGCACCCUCCGCUCGCCCCGCGCUGCGCCCGGGGCCGUUCGCUCGCCCCAGGGCAGCCGGACCCUCCCUCGCAGCCCCCGCCAGCCGGACCCUCCCUCGCACCCUCCGCCUCGCAGCCCAGGGCAGCCGGACCCUCCCUCGCAGCCCCCGCCAGCCGGACCCUCCCUCGCAGCCCCCGCCAGCCGGACCCUCCCUCGCACCCUCCGCCUCGCAGCCCAGGGCAGCCGGACCCCCGCCUCGCACCCCCCGCCAGCCGGACCCUCCCUCGCAGCCCAGGGCAGCCGGACCCUCCCUCGCACCCUCCGCCUCGCAGCCCAGGGCAGCCGGACCCCCGCCUCGCACCCCCCGCCAGCCGGACCCUCCCUCGCAGCCCAGGGCAGCCGGACCCUCGCCUCGCACCCUCCGCCUCGCAGCCCAGGGCAGCCGGACCCUCCCUCGCAGCCCCGGGCAGCCGGACCCCCGCCUCGCACCCCCGCCGGGCAGCCGGGCGCUCCGCCUCGGGACGGGGUGAGCUGCUGCCGGCCGCCCGGGGCCCCUCCGGCCGCGGUGCCGACACCCACCUGCGGCGAGUCCGGCGGAGCGCGGCCCGGGACGAGGCGAGGCCGCGGCGCCGGCAGAAGCGAAGCGCGGCCGCCGCCCGCCGCCGCCUUUGAGGCCGCUCGGCGCUGGGCGCGGGCGGGGCCGGCCCGGCCCACACACACCCCCCGGGCCGCGCCCGCCCGGGCACAGGCCGCGGGCGCCGGCGGCUCCCCCCGGGCGGACACGGGGCCCAGGCGUGCCCCCUGCCCGCGAGAGGAGCGGGCCCGAGGCCGGGGACGGCGUCCCGGGGCGCAGGGACAGCGCAGGCCCGGACGGGGCCCGUUCCUCGGGUUCCAGCGUCAGCCACGGCUGAACGGCGCCCGCCACGACGUGUCUGCUUCCCAACAGCGGGACCGCGGCUGA